AUGAGCGAGUUGCAGAAGAAGUGGGCAAAAGCAAGACUUUCCAACACGAUGCAAGCGCACGCCUACGCACCAAGCCAAGCCAUGGGGACCACGGCAAUGCCAAUCCCAGCAACGACAUUACAGCCACCCGUUGGUCUUCCCGACUUCAAUGAGCUGGAUGAAGAAGAUGAAGACCAGUUUGGAUCUCUCUCAUCUAUUCCAAACCACCCACAAGAUGACGACUCCUCGUCAGCAUCUUCAGUCUCAUCAACAGGCACAGUAAUCCCAUCACCGGGUAGAGCUCUGUUUGCAAGGCCACAAGGAGUUCCAACCCGCUCGUCCUUAGACCCAAUCCCCUGGACAACGUACUUUGAACGUGAACUCUCCCUCCUCUCAACAGACGGGACCAUAACCUACCACGUCUACCUCACCUCCCCUGAUCCCCCUACCCCUUCAACCACCAACAACCCAGCACCAGGAGCCAAACCAUCCACCGGCGGCCCCCUCUUCGUAACCCACCACGGCGCCGGCUCCUCCGCCCUCUCCUUCGCCGUCCUCGGCUCUGAAAUUCGCAAACGUCUCCCCUCAGCCGGCAUCCUCUCCCUCGACGCCCGCGGCCACGGCCUAACAACCAUCACCUCCCCCAGCCCCAACGAACCAACCGACCUCUCCCUCGGUACUCUAUCCCAAGACCUCUGCAAUGCAAUCCUCCUCACGGCCAAAGCCAUGUCCUGGCCUGACAUUCCCCCUCUCAUCCUAGUAGGCCAUUCUCUAGGCGGAGCCGUCGUCACCGAACUCGCCUACCAACCCCUUCUUCCCCCUUCAGUUUCCCUACUGGGAUACGCAGUACUCGAUGUUGUCGAAGGCUCAGCCCUAGACGCCUUGCAGUCAAUGCAGACAUACCUCAGCACCCGGCCACAGGGGUUUCAUUCAUUAAAGGAAGGCAUAGAAUGGCAUGUUAGGUCACGAACAAUAAGAAAUAGCGUCAGUGCGAGGGUUAGUGUCCCUGCUUUAUUAGUCGAUACCACCACCACAGCCACACAACCACAGCAACAGCCACCCUCAACGAAGGUGUCAAAACCGUGGAAAUGGCGGACGGAUCUUAGUUCUACCCAGCCGUUUUGGCAAGGGUGGUUUGUGGGAUUGAGCAAGAAGUUUUUGGGGCAAGGGGCGACGGGGUUGGGGAAGGGGGCGGGGAAGAUGUUGCUUUUGGCGGGGACGGAUAGGUUGGAUACCGAGUUGACUAUUGGGCAGAUGCAGGGGAAAUAUGCUCUCCAGGUGUUUCCUGAGGCGGGGCACUUUAUUCAUGAGGACUUGCCUGAGAAGACGGCGGUGGCGCUGGUGGACUUUUACAGGAGGAAUGACAGGAGUGCGUUGGUGUUGCCGCCGAAGUGUCGGAGUUGUUGGCGCAGGGGAGGAGGGUUUAGGGUGGGGGUGGGGAUGCGUAAUCAUGAUGGGAUGAAAGGGAAUACAUAUGGGGUUGUGUGA